GGGCGGCGCAGGCGCGGAGCGCGCGGUCAAGAUGGCGCUGCUGCGGCAGGUGUACGGGGCGCUGUUCCGCCGCAGCUCCACGUUCGCGCUGUCGGUCGUGCUGGGCGCGGUGGUCUUCGAGCGCGCCUUCGACCAAGCCGCGGAUGCGCUCUUCGAGCAGCUCAAUCAAGGGAAACUGUGGAAACACAUCAAGCACAAGUAUGAGAACUGAGCAGCUCAGCAGCAGGGACCAGCUGAGGGAUUCAGCCUCCUGAAACUGGGAAUGGAUUCCUGCUGGAACAACUCCGAGCCAGAUGUUAUCAGCCACCUACUGAUAUGAUGUGAAGCCAGAUGGACUCAAGGAGCUCUGCUGCUGUACUCGACUUACUGUGUUCAAAUAAAACUCCUGGUCCUGUGUUGUG